UCCCUCCUCCCCCCCGUCCUUCUUCGUCUCUCCCCUCGCGUCUUCUCUGCUCCGCCCGGAGUUCGCCCCUCCGCCGAUCGUCCCCCCUACGAAAGGCGAAGGCGCGCGCGCUAGUGGAGCUUCCAAGAACUUGCCACCUUCUUCAUCACCGCUACCGCUGCGUUAUUGCAUCGACACCAAUUCCAUGCAGUACUUUUGAAUACUCAUUUAGAGGAGGAUCAGGGAGAGGAGGGACCCGAGUGACUGGCGAUCGACGCGGUGAUGGAAGGCAAGGAGCUGGCGUCGACGUCGGGGGCACCGGCCCAGGGGCCACUCUCGGGGCCGCAAGGGGGGCUGACACGGCGGCCGUCGAGGAACACCGCCACGAUGACAUUCUCCAUGGAGGUGUUCGAUAAUGAGGUGGUGCCGUCGUCGCUCAGCAGCAUCACGCCCAUCCUCCGCGUCGCCGCCGAGAUCGAACCCGAGCGCCCCCGUGUCGCGUAUCUCUGUCGAUUUUAUGCCUUUGAGAAGGCCCACAGACUGGAUCCCAACUCCAGUGGUCGUGGAGUCCGGCAAUUCAAGACUGCUCUCCUUCAGCGCUUGGAGCGGGACAAUACACCAAGUCUUGCUAAGAGAGUAAAGAAGAGUGAUGCACGAGAAAUUGAGAGCUUUUAUCAACAGUACUACGAGCACUAUGUGCGUGCUCUGGACAGAGGAGAGCAAGCAGAUAGGGUUCAACUUGGAAAAGCUUACCAAACUGCUGGUGUCCUCUUUGAAGUGCUCUGUGCUGUCAACAAGACCGAAAAAGUUGAAGAAGUUGCUCCAGAGAUUAUUGCUGCUGCCAAAGAUGUCCAAGAAAAGAAGGAAAUUUAUGUCCCAUAUAACAUCCUUCCCCUGGAUGCUGCGGGUGCUUCACAAUCCAUUAUGCAACUUGAGGAGAUUAAAGCAGCAGUUGCUGCCCUGCGAAACACAAGAAAUUUAAGCUGGCCAUCUUCCUUUGAGCCGCAACGGCAGAAAGCAGGAGACUUGGAUCUACUUGAUUGGUUGAGAGCUAUGUUUGGGUUUCAGAAAGACAGUGUCAGAAACCAAAGGGAACACUUGAUCUUACUGCUUGCCAAUGUUCAUGCAAGGCUGAAACCUAAACCUGAACCUCUUAACAAGCUCGACGAGCGAGCAGUGGAUGCAGUUAUGAGUAAACUAUUCAAGAAUUACAAAGCAUGGUGUAAAUUCCUGGGACGGAAACACAGUUUACGGCUCCCACAAGGUGGACAACCACAAGAAGUGCAGCAGAGAAAGAUCCUCUACAUGGGUCUGUUUCUUCUUAUAUGGGGUGAAGCUGCCAAUGUUCGCUAUAUGCCAGAAUGCCUAUGCUACAUUUUUCACAAUAUGGCAUAUGAGCUACAUGGUCUGUUGGCCGGAAAUGUCAGCAUUGUGACGGGAGAAAAUAUCAGACCUUCUUAUGGGGGGGACGAUGAGGCCUUUUUGAAAAAAGUAAUCUCUCCUAUAUAUCGUGUCAUCGAGAAGGAAGCCAGUAAAAGCCAGAAUGGAAAAGCCCCUCAUUCAGCUUGGUGUAAUUAUGACGAUCUAAAUGAAUAUUUCUGGUCAGCUGAUUGUUUCUCUUUGGGAUGGCCUAUGCGUGAUGAUGAUGAUUUCUUCAAAUCAAUACGUGAAUCUAGGCGCAUAGUGCAGAUGGGACGUUCAUCCGGGAAAGGUUCUGGCAAAAGUACAGGAAAAUCAAAUUUCGUCGAGACCAGAACAUUUUGGCACAUCUUUAGAAGUUUUGAUCGUAUGUGGACCUUUUAUGCAAUGGCACUACAGGCAAUGGUAAUCUUUGCCUGGAAUUUGUCGAAGGAUGAUCGGAAUGAUAACCCGCAAGAUCUACCACUGAGGUCCAUUUUUCGAAAAGAUAUCCUUUAUUCUUUAUCAAGCAUUUUCAUCACAGCAGCAGCCCUUCGCUUCCUUCAAAGUAUUCUAGACUUUGUUCUGAACUUCCCUGGUUAUCAUAGAUGGAGAUUCACUGAUGUUCUGAGGAACAUUCUGAAGAUUCUAUUUAGUCUUGCAUGGGCGACUGUGCUGCCCUUUUUCUACUUCAAUAAACAAAUUGAUUUACCAAUAAAAAAUCUGACAAAGUGGCUAAAUCAAAUGGAUGGAGCACCUCUAUAUAUCAUGCUUGUUGCACUGUACUUGCUUCCAAAUCUACUGGCAGGUGUACUGUUUAUAUUUCCGAUGCUUCGGCGGUGGAUUGAAAAUUCUGAUUGGCAUGUAGUCCGGCUUCUUUUAUGGUGGUCUCAGCCAAGGAUUUAUGUUGGGCGGGGUAUGCAUGAAAGUCAGGUUGAACUUUUCAAAUAUACUUUAUUCUGGGUGUUGCUGUUGGGUUCCAAGCUUGCGUUCAGUUUCUUUAUCCAGAUAAAACCACUGGUGAGACCAACGAAAGAUAUAAUGGGACUCAAUAAAAAGUAUGCAAUUACCCAUAUUCAGUAUGCCUGGCAUGAAUUUUUUCCUAAUGCUCCAUACAACAUCGGUGCAGUUAUCUCACUUUGGGCCCCCGUGAUCUUGGUGUAUUUCAUGGACACUCAGAUAUGGUAUUCAAUUUUCUCUACCUUAUAUGGUGGUUUUAGUGGAGCAUUCGGCCGUCUUGGAGAGAUACGAACGCUGGGCAUGCUGAGAUCACGAUUCCACUCUUUACCUGGAGCUUUUAAUACAUAUUUGGUUCCAUCUGAGAAGAAGUCUCGCAACAAAGGAUUUUCUUUCUCAAAGCGCUUUUCAGAGGUUUCCGCAAGCAAGAGAACAGAGGCUGCUAAGUUUGCUCAGUUAUGGAAUGAAGUGAUAUGUAGUUUCCGAGAAGAAGACCUUAUCAGUGAUAGGGAAAUGGAUCUGUUGCUGGUUCCUUACUCAUCGGAUCCCAGCCUGAAGCUAAUACAGUGGCCACUAUUCCUGCUAGCUAGCAAGAUACCUAUUGCUCUGGAUAUGGCAGUUCAGUUUCAAUCCAAGGACUCUGAUCUUUGGAAACGUAUCUGUGCUGAUGAGUAUAUGAAAUGUGCUAUUCUAGAAUGCUAUGAGUCUUUCAAACUUGUUCUUAACCUUCUGGUAGUUGGAGAAAAUGAGAAAAGGAUUAUCAGCAUCAUCAUUAAAGAAAUUGAAGCUAACAUUGCAAAGAACACAUUCCUUGCAAAUUUCAGAAUGAGUGCACUACCAACCCUAUGUAAAAAAUUUGUGGAGCUUGUGGGUGUCUUGAAAGAAGGUGAUGCAUCUAAGCGUGAUACUGUUGUAUUCUUGCUGCAAGACAUGCUUGAAGUAGUUACACGUGAUAUGAUGAAAAAUGAGAUUCGUGAGCUGGCUGAGCUUGGUCAUGGUUACAAGGAUUCGGUUCCACGAAGACAACUUUUUGCAGGUGCAGGUUCAAAGCCAGCUAUAUUGUUUCCUCCUGUGGCUACACCACACUGGGAAGAACAGAUUAAACGCCUAUACCUCGUAUUGACUGUAAAAGAAUCUGCCAUAGAGGUGCCUACAAACCUUGAGGCUCGUAGGAGGAUAGCAUUUUUCUCAAAUUCUUUAUUCAUGGAUAUGCCACGUGCACCUAGAGUCCGCAAAAUGCUUUCAUUCAGUGUCUUGACCCCUUACUAUAGUGAGGAGACUGUGUAUUCCAAAAAUGAUCUUGAUCUGGAGAAUGAAGAUGGUGUAUCAAUCAUAUUUUACCUGCAAAAGAUCUUUCCAGAUGAAUGGAACAACUUCAUGGAACGAAUUAACUGCAAAAAAGAAAGUGAGGUUUGGGCAAAUGAGGAGAAUGUCUUACAACUUCGUCAUUGGGCCUCUCUAAGGGGACAAACACUCUGUAGAACAGUUAGGGGUAUGAUGUACUACCGAAGAGCAUUGAAGCUUCAGGCUUUUCUUGACAUGGCUUCUGAAAGCGAAAUAUUAGAAGGAUAUAAAGCAGUUACUGAUGAGGCAGAGGAAGGAAAAAAAAGCCAGCGAUCUCUAUCUGCUCAACUUGAAGCUAUAGCAGACAUGAAAUUCACAUACGUUGCCACUUGUCAAAUCUAUGGCAAUCAAAAACUAUCUGGAGAUCGCCGUGCAACAGACAUUUUGAACUUGAUGGUUAACUAUCCUUCCUUGCGUGUAGCGUAUAUUGAUGAAGUUGAAGAAAGAGAUGGUGACAAGGUACACAAGGUCUAUUAUUCCGUGCUAGUAAAAGCUGUUGAUAAUCGUGACCAGGAAAUAUAUCGUAUAAAGCUGCCGGGAUCGGCAAAGAUAGGUGAAGGAAAACCUGAAAAUCAGAACCACGCAAUAAUCUUUACUCGUGGAGAGGCUCUUCAGACCAUUGAUAUGAAUCAGGAUAACUACUUGGAAGAAGCUCUUAAAAUGCGUAACCUUUUGGAAGAAUUCAAUGAAGAUCAUGGAGUACGUCAACCUACCAUUCUUGGUGUACGUGAGCACAUUUUUACAGGAGGUGUGUCAUCUUUGGCUUGGUUUAUGUCAAACCAGGAGACAAGUUUUGUAACAAUUGGACAAAGGGUCCUUGCAAACCCAUUAAAGGUUCGAUUUCACUAUGGUCAUCCAGAUGUGUUUGAUAGGAUCUUUCAUAUCACUAGAGGUGGCAUUAGCAAGGCUUCUAGGGGGAUCAACUUAAGCGAGGAUAUUUUUGCUGGCUUCAACUCGACAUUAAGGCGUGGAAAUGUCACACACCACGAGUACAUCCAGGUCGGGAAAGGACGAGAUGUUGGGCUUAACCAAAUCUCACUUUUUGAAGCGAAAGUGGCUUGUGGGAAUGGGGAGCAAAUACUCAGCCGAGAUAUCUAUCGCUUGGGCCACCGGUUUGACUUUUUCCGCAUGCUGUCAUGCUACUUCACAACUGUUGGAUUCUACAUCAGCUCAAUGCUGGUUCUUCUUAUAGUCUAUGUUUUCUUGUAUGGAAAACUUUAUUUGUCAUUAAGUGGAUUGGAGAGCGCAAUUAUCAAAAAGGCACGGAUGAGAGGGAACAAUGCUCUCGAGGCAGCCAUGGCAUCUCAGUCCUUAGUCCAAUUAGGUCUCUUCAUGGCCUUACCCAUGGUCAUGGAGAUUGGACUGGAGAGAGGGUUCAGAACUGCCCUUAGUGACUUUAUCAUAAUGCAACUUCAGCUUUGUGCAGUUUUCUUCACAUUCUCUCUGGGAACAAAGGCCCAUUAUUUUGGGCGGACUGUGUUGCAUGGGGGGGCCAAAUACAGGGCCACGGGACGCGGUUUUGUUGUCCGGCAUGUAAAAUUUGCAGAGAAUUACAGAAUGUAUUCAAGGAGUCACUUUGUUAAAGGAACGGAAAUGAUGGCAUUGUUGCUAGUUUACGGGCUAUUUGGAGCUGCUGCGACUGACUCAACGAUUUUCAUGCUUCUCACAGCAUCUAUGUGGUUCCUGGUGGUUUCCUUUUUAUUCGCGCCAUUCCUUUUCAAUCCAUCAGGCUUUGAGUGGCAGAAGAUAGUCGAGGAUUGGGAUGAUUGGACCAAGUGGAUGAGCAGCCAGGGUGGUGUUGGUGUUCCAGCAACCAAAAGUUGGGAGUCUUGGUGGAAUGAAGAGCAGGAACACUUACAGUCCACGGGGUUCUUGGGACGCUUCUGGGAGAUUGUGCUCUCUCUGCGCUUCUUCAUCUUCCAGUAUGGGAUCGUCUAUCAUCUAAAUGUUGCCAACAAUGACAAAAGCAUCAAUGUAUACGGUCUUUCCUGGCUAGUGAUUGUAGCAGCGAUGCUAAUUUUGAAGGUAGAGUCCAUGGGUAGGAAGAAGUUCAGUGCUGAUUUCCAGCUCUUAUUCAGGCUUCUCAAGCUCUUCUUGUUUGUCGGGUCCAUUGGAGCUUUGGGCGGUCUCUUUCGAUUAAAUUUAAAUCUCGGAGACAUCUUCUCCAGUCUCCUUGCCUUCAUGCCAACAGGAUGGGCACUGCUGCAGAUAUCGCAGGCAUGCAGGCCAGUGCUGAAGAAAAUGGGGCUGUGGGGUUCAGUCAAGGCACUAGCGAAGGGAUACGAGUAUGUUAUGGGGUUCCUGAUCUUUGCACCGGUCGCUCUUUUAGCAUGGUUCCCGUUUGUUUCCGAGUUCCAGACUAGGCUGCUCUUCAACCAGGCAUUCAGCAGGGGAUUACAAAUCUCACGUAUCUUAGCUGGUGGAAGAAAACAAAGCUGAAGCACCAAGUGAUGGAGCCAUGAUCUCGCAUAUGGUGGACAGCCAAUGAACUAGAUAAUCAAAUGUAAUUAAACAUUAAUAGCAGAGGGAAAAUUGAAAUUGUGUUAUGAUUCAGCUGAAUGUGAGAAAUUGUAAACGCAGUCAGUCUCUAUAAUCUAACAAAGGAGUCGACCGUGGUGUCGUCAUUCACCAUACUUUUGAAUGUAGUCUUUUUCUCCUUA